AUGUCGUCUUCUAGCUUCAACGGUCUCGUCAACGGCAAGAUGUUUCCUAGCUUCGAGACUCUUGAACCUUUCAUCAAGGCAAAGGAGGCAGAAGCUACAAACCUAAAUUGCUUCUACUGCAAUGACCUUCAGUUCGUCCUCAACUGCAGAGCACCACACAGGAGAACGCCCCUCACCAUCUACCGACUGCAAAUCCAGGGAAGGCCCGACGAUUAUUUCGUCAUCAUUCCUAUUCGAUAUCUUCUUCGCCAUGGCUGGAGACCCAGAAAUGACCAGGGGCUCCAGGAUUGCCGCUAUUGCCAGUUCCUUCAUGACACCCUCAACCUUUUCUUUGUGGGGCCCUCUAUGAACUGGAUCAAUGAUUCCAUGUACGGAUGGGAUAGCGUUGUCAUGGCCCACGUCCGAACAGGCCUUCCGCUCGUCCUUCACGGCCAGGAAGUCGUCCGCCGUGACUGCAGGUGGAUGAACCUGCGAGCCGAAAUCGAAGUCUUUUGUCACGACCGGAGCGCAUUAUCAACCCGUGACUUCCCCAGCAUGUAUCUGGCAUUGCCGGAACAGGAAGAAAUUGUGGAUGACCGAGAUUUCACGAGAUUUAUGAAUUCGAGUGCGCAAAACUGUCGGAUGUUUCCCGACCUUACGAGCGGUCGUCAUGGUAUUCCCAGUAAACUGCUUCAUAUCAACUGGAACGCCCAGGAGAUCAAACUACAGCACUCUCCCCGGGGGCUUCCAAUCGCGCCAGGGGCGCCAGAAAUGUUGGUGUAUGCGACUCUGAGCCAUUGUUGGUCAGAGACCGAUCCAAAGUUCCCAAGACUUCUAAAGGCCAAUAUGCGGAGCUGGUUGCGUGGCAUCCGCAUUAACGACCUGCCGCUGGCCGUCCAGGAUGCCGUUGAAGUCGCUUACACGAACAACAUUCACUACAUCUGGAUAGAAUCUCUCUGCAUAACUCAGGACGAUGAGAUGGAUUGUCAGGUCCAAAAGCCGCGUAUUGGUGCUUAUUUCAGAGACUCCUCCAUCACCAUUGUGGCGGCUUCUUCAGCCUCCCCCAGUGACUCGUUCUUGUUCCCUCUUAGGAAAGAUUGGAUCACAAAGAAGAUUGAAUUCACAGCCCCUUCUGGCGGCACUGCCACCAUCGACCUGCGCAGGAGAUAUUCCCGCCAACCCUCUCCUCUCGACGCCAUUGAUGAAUCGUCGUACAAAUCCGAGGUCAAUUCUUUCCGAAGAGUCGGGCCACUUUACCGUCAUCAGCGCUGCUAUCAGGAAGCUCUCCUGGGAACCCGGGUGAUUAGCUUCACGUCGGCUGCAAUAGAUGUACACUGCCGGCGGCAUGCGCAUUGUACGGGGCGCUUCACUCCCAGGAAUCAGAGGACCGACGUCUUUGGCAGCUUGGUAUGUGCAUACCAAGAUCCAGCAGUUGUCAAAAAACGGCGUGCCAAACGUGCUGGGACCAAUUGUUUUGAUGACAUGCGAUACACGGCUCAGAGCCCAGAGGAUACUGCCAUGUGGCUCCAGGCUGUGAUGCAGUAUACUGCGCGCGACAUGGCCGUCAGCCCCAAAGACAAGUUAUCGGGCAUUGCUGGGCUGGCGAGCAUGACGUCCAUGUGUCAGCAGAGAUCCCAGUAUUGUUCAGGCCUUUGGAUGGACAAUCUGCAUGAAGCGCUUCUGUGGGAGGUAAGAUUGCGUCCGGGACAGACAAGUGCCACCAGAAUCACGUUUCCAUUUAGUCAUCAAAAGGCGCCCACUUACUCCUGGGCCUCUGUCGACGCUGGGGUUCAUUACCCGGAGCCGUGGAACGGCAUCUUCAUGUCCGAGGCCACGGUAAAGGCAGCUUGCACCGUCAACGAAGAGUCCGGCGCUUUGAACGACGUUGAGGGCGGUUAUCUCAAGCUGCGAGGCCGCGUUAUGAGGUGCCAAGUUAGCCAGACGCUCUCGGGGCCCACCGUCGGAGCAAAAGGCAAGCUGAGCAUCGCUCACUUUCACAUGAAGGGGGAAAGGGGUGCUAUCAACACCAAACAGGUUCCCUUUGUCGCAGACGGCUCGCUCCUCAUGAUUAAGAAUCGAAAAUGGAGUCGAAACCACUCACGCAAUGGGGCUCCUUGUCCAAACUGUUCCUGUUGCAAGACCGAGAAGCCCAAGCUGGUGUCCGAACCAAUCUCGUGUUCCUGGCGCAGUGUUACCUACUUGGCUCGGAACCAUUGCGACUUUCGCAGAAAAUCGCCAAAACAUGGCCAGAAAAAGAUCUCUGGCACUGCCUACGUAUUGUGUCUUGGAUGGAGAACGAAGGCGAACUUUGACCCUCGUCUUGGCAGCUGCGAGUAUAACUGUUUUGAGGGGCUGGUGGUGACGCCUUCGCUGCGGUAUCUGGGAGCUUUUGAGCGCAUUGGUUGCAUCAGAAACAUUCCCGUGGAGGCAUAUGAAGAGUGUCAGGAUUUGACUCUUACUUUGGUGUAA